AUGGCGGCGGCCCGAGGGCAGGCGGGGGUGGGCGUGGCGGCGGGGCCGCCCAGCACCCGCCAGCUCCGGGAGGCCGAGGCGGCCGCCCCGGUGUUCCAGUACGCGGGGAAGGCGGCCAAGCGCAAGGACCGCGUGUUCGUGUGGGGCUUCAGCUACUCGGGCGCCCUGGGCGUCCCCAGCUUCGUGAGGCCGGACGCGGGCUGGAAGAAGCCGCGGCGGAUCCAACCCACGCCGUACCGCCUGGAGACAGAGGAGAAGAUAUCCUCUGCUGCUUGUGGUUAUGGAUUCACACUGCUGGCUUCUAAUACCAGAGACAUCACCAAAGUGUGGGGCACAGGGCUCAACAAGGAUUCCCAGCUCGGAUUCCAGAGAAGCAGAAGAGAUCAAACUAAGGGCUAUGAAUAUGUCUUGGAACCAUCUCCAAUUCCAUUACCACUGGAGAAGCCACAGCAAACUCGAGUCUUGCAAGUGUCCUGUGGGAGAGCCCAUUCCCUGGUCCUGACAGAUAGUGAAGGAGUUUUCACAAUGGGAAACAAUUCUUAUGGACAGUGUGGCCGCAAGGUUGUUGAAGAUGAAAUUUACAGUGGAAGCCAUCUCAUUCAUCAGCUGAAGGAAUUUGACAGUGAAGUUGUCCAGGUUGUGUGUGGGCAGGACCACAGUCUGUUUAGAACCAAGAAAGGUUCAGUCUAUGCAUGUGGAUGGGGAGCUGAUGGACAAACAGGUCUUGGACACUAUAACAUCACUAGUGUUCCUACUAAGCUGCAUGGUGACAUUGCUGGAGUAAACAUUAUCCAGGUCUCUUCCUAUGGGGACUGUUGUCUGGCUGUUUCAGAUGAAGGAGAUGUCUUUGGUUGGGGAAAUUCAGAAUAUUUGCAGUUGGCAUCUGUCACAGAACACACACAGGUGAAUGUUCCCAGGCAUUUGCCAUUCAAGAUUGGGAAGGUAAAGGAGGCUGCCUGUGGAGGGACUGGCAAUGCUGUGCUAACAGAAGAAGGAAAUGUUUUUGUCUGGGGAUAUGGAAUUCUUGGGAAAGGACCAAACCUAAUAGAGACAGCAGUGCCAGAGAUGAUCCCACCCAGCCUUUUUGGCUGGUCAGACUUCAGUCCCGACGUCCGUGUUGCUCAUGUUCGCUGUGGGCUCAGCCAGUUUGCAGCACUUACAAACAGAGGAGAACUGUUUGUGUGGGGGAAGAAUCUGAGAGGGUGCCUGGGAACUGGAAGAAUGGAAGACCAGUAUUUCCCAUGGAGGGUGACUGUUCCUGGGGAGGUGGUGGAUGUGGCCUGUGGAGUUGAUCACAUGGAAGGAAGCACGUUCCCCAAGGAGCAUGGAAGUGCCAGGAGUGCUCUGGCUCCUUCAUGAUGAGCUCCCAGAGAAUCUGAGGCCCAGCCCCAAACUGGUGAGCCCCUCUCUGCAUGAAGAUGGAGAGCAUCUCUCAAGGAAGACUGGCAUGGGAUGAAAUCUACAGCACAGGACAUUGAUAUAUGGACAUUUCCUUUCACCAGCUCUGGAGUGUUGAUGAGAGCCGAACUAUUUCUCAAGGGAAAAGUUGGGUGUUUUUUUUAUAACUGUUAUGUGGAAGAAAGGUCAUGCUAGUUCUUGUAGCCCAGCACAGCUGUCCCGUGUGCCACCCUCAGCUGCACUGUGCCCAGGCUGUUGUCCUGUGCAGAACCUGGAUGCACAGCCCUUGCCUGGAGCACUGAUGUGUCUGUGGGCUGUUGAAGGCUGUCUGUGUUGGUGCUAAAGACUGAA